GGUAGAGGGAGCGAAAUGGAGGCGGUGAAAUUGUUGGAAGAGAUGGCCGAGAGGCAGAGGGAGCAGCUCCUGCAGCUGAGCCUGAGUUUGCAGCAGUGGACAGCACAACAACUGGAGCAACAAGGGCAGCUGUUCCAGAAGCUGAUGGAACGGUUACUAGCCCAACAGGCGCAGAGACUGCAAUCAGGGGCGACAGCGGAUAUGCCCAGGUUUGUUUUAGACACAAUGUCAGCUCCAGCACCCCAUGUGCCAGCUCCAGGUGGCUACCCAAUCUCAUCAGCACCAUCAGCACCCCCUACUUAUGAAGAGACAACCGGAAUCAACACUUACCCUCCAAAUCUAUAUCCUGUCCAAGAAUCUGAGCAUGGACCGAAUAUGAAGGGCAUGAAUCCUCCUCCAUAUCAUAGAAUCAUAGAACCUUCACGACCAGUUUCAGCUCCUAACCCAAUUGCAGUUCAGACUGUGUACGUGCAGCAGCCUGUAAUGUUUUAUGAUCGCCCAGUUCAGAUGUGCUGCCUCUCCUGCAACAAGAUGAUAGUGACACGUCUGUCUCACAGUGCAGGAGCACUGACCUGGCUGUCAUGUGGCAGCCUGUGCCUGCUGGGGUGCAUUGCUGGUUGCUGUUUCAUCCCGUUUUGUAUUGAUGCCCUUCAAGAUGUGGAUCACUAUUGUCCAAGCUGCCAAGCUCUCCUUGGUACCUAUAAGCGCUUGUAAGCCAUAUCAAAUUGAGUGAAGAUGGACGUCCAGAAUUGUUCAGCACCUUUUCAAGCUCUUUCGGAAGUUCAUGAAGAUCUGUGUUUAUCGUCAUUUGAAUGGAUCAAGAUAAUCUCACUAUAUUGUUUUUAUUAGUAAGAAUCUACUUAGGGGGACUCAGGACUGGCAGGGGAUAUAAUCUGUCACUUCACAGCCACUUAAGUUGAUAUUGACCAAAUGCUGUUUUUGUGUCUAUGGUUUAUGCAAAAUAACUGAUUGUGUGAGUCCAGUUAGUAUGUGAGAGAGUUCUUUGUGCGCACUGUGACCUGAGCUGAUCACGUCACCCUGAAGAUCAAGGUCUGAACUGGUGUGCACACAAACUUACCUUUUCUCCCCUACAAGUGAUGCCUCCAGAAAAGCACCAACGCAUCUUGGUAGGGGCUGCCUAUUCUGUGGCUGACUACAGUGAAGACCAGAAUCCUUUUCAAUCUGGCACCUUUUACAUGCACUAAAAUUCACUUUACAUUUUUGUUUUAAAGUUGUGCCUUUAAAAAAACCAAACCAAAAAUAGCCUGAAAUUUGGCUUUUCUCUUAGGCUGCUUUAUGAAGUCAAGCCUGCUUAGGCUACCAUGUCAGAUGGCUUUUCAACAUAGUCUCCCAGUUUCCUUGUUGUUUGUGAGUUGUCAGACCUUUAGCAUUGCAGAGUAUUUUUGUGCAGGAUUGUUUUAUAGGUCUGUGUGCAUAUGUGUAUAUAUAUUUUUAACUGCUGAGUUAUAAAUCUGUGAAGAUAGCUUUCUAGUGGAAAUUAUGAUAGUUAUGACUAUCAGUGUUGUCUUUCCUAUAAUGUAACUAUAUGAGCCAAAUGGUAAUUCCUAAAAAUACCCUCAGGCCUUUAAUGUUAUAAAAACUUGUAUCCCAUUUGCAUAACUUUAUAAAAAAAAAACCCUAAAACUCCCUUUUUACUUGCAAUUGGUGUAAUCUGAUGAUCACAUCUUUUAAUUAAGAAGGUGACUUUUUUUCCACUGAGUGAGCACUAGUUGGACAAGACUUGUAUAGUGAUAUUUCAGAUGAAAGAAAAGUUUCCAAAAUGAAAGAAUUUCCAGAGAUUGAUCACAGAAAUUGGAGUUUGAUUAUCUGAAGCUUGAAGUACUAUUUAUGAUUGCUGUAGACCUGUCUGAUAGGGACUACAGUCUAAUACUGUUCCUCGUGUGAAGUACAGCAUGGCUUCACCACUGAAGGUUCAAAUGUGUUUGCCUUAAUUUAGCUGAAUGUCUGUUUAAAAAAGCAACAUUAAAAAUUGAGUUUUAAAUAUAGGCUAUGAUUCUAAAAUUGUAUUAACCUAUGUAAACAAUAAACAUUGCAACUAUCAUUCUUUAAAAA